GGGCUGAUUAUAUAUAACCUCCAAAUAACGCUAUAUUUCAAUAAUAAUAUAUAUUCCAAAUGACGAAUAUAUAUUAUAAAAAAAAUAGAAUAUACUUAUAUUACAGAGAGAGAGAGAGCGUAUUUCCACUUCAAAUGUCUCAUCGAAGCCGUGCUUCAGAUUGCGCGAGUUUUAUAAAAUACAAGAUUUUUCUUCUUGUGACAGAGGUGCGAGGUAUAGGGUAUAUAUCUCGCACUUCCUAAAUUAUUGUUCUCUUUGCUCAAUUGGGGUUGAAUUUUUUUUAACAAUAUCGGCAGUCGCAAAACACGCUUUUCGCUGCUGCAAAUCGUUUUUGCCAGUGUUUAAUGUUAAGGCGAACCUAUUCAAGAUGUGUAUGUUUGUCAUACGAAAAGAAAAAUACGAAGGGUUCUAUCGGCACGCGAUAUAUAACCUACAGAAAUGAUACUUCCCUACGAUAUUCAGAUUCAACAGAUGCUGAACGCAAAUUGUCAGCCGGCAAGAAGAGUUAUUCAUCCGAAAACUCUCCGCACUUGCCGUCUCAAUCGCAGAUUGUCAUCGCCGGUGCGGGGACAGUCGCCAAUUCAGUUGCCUAUCACUUGAUACUGAAUGGAUGGAAUGAUGUUCUCGUUCUGGAACAAAACACGAUUGGCAGCGGAUCCUCACACUUUGGUUCUGGUACACUUGGACUCUUUAAAUCAAUUUCACGCAGAAAUCUGAUUGCAUACAGCAUCAAAUUAUAUCAACAGUUGCAAGAUAUGGGCUAUAAUAUAGGAUUGAGACAAUGUGGUAGUCUAAAUUUGGCGCAGUCCAAGGAUAGGAUGGUAGCUCUUAAAAGAAGAAUGGCUUACAAUAUACCAACUGGAUUGCAUUGUGAAAUCUUGGGCAAAGAAGAAUUGAAAAGAUUACAUCCUUACUUAUGUGUUGACGAUCUACAAGGAGCAAUUUUGGUGCCAGAAGAUGCUGUUGCUAAUCUAAGUGCAAUUUGUGAAGUCUUGGCAAAGCUGGCAAAGCAAGGAGGAGCGCAAUAUAUUGAGCACUGUCAUAUAGAAGAAGUAAAGACUGAGAAAGGGGCUGUUAAAAAUGUUAAAACUGAACAUGGUACUGUUUCUUGUGAAUAUUUCAUUAACUGUGCUGGGAUGUGGGCUCGUGAAUUAGGAUUAAGAUGCACUCCCCCUGUCAGAAUUCCUGCCUAUCCUGCGGAACAUUUGUAUGCAGUCAUACCGCCUUUGUCAUCAAAAAUCGAUACAUCUCUACCAUAUAUACGAGAUUUUGACUCAUAUUCAUAUAUGAGAGAAUGGCAAGGUGGACUUUUACUUGGCUGGUUUGAACCUAAUGCAAAACCUGCAUUUGGAAGCGGUCACGUUCCUCCAAAAAAUUGGAUGAAAUAUGUGAAAAAUGAUCCAGCUCAUUGGCAACUUUUAUGGGACAAAGCUAUACAUAGAUUACCAAUUUUAAAAGAAGUAGAACAUCCAAAUAUAUAUAAUUGUCCUGAUAAUUUUACUCCAGAUGGUAGAUGGAUAUUAGGGGAAAGUCCCGAAGUAAAAAAUUACUUUGUUGCUGUUGGAAUGAAUGGCAAUUCAUUGCAAGGUGCUGGUGGAAUUGGUAAAGAAAUUGCUGAAUCUAUAAUAAAUGGUGAAUCCACACAGGAAGUACUCUCAUUCAAUGUACAAAGGUUUCUAGAUUUGCACAAUAAUAAACAAUAUCUACAGCAAAGAAUGAAGGAAGUAGUCGGUCGAAAUUAUGCUAUAUUAUACCCUCAUCAAUCAGAAUACAAAUAUGCCCGUAAAUUACGUUGUUCACCUUUGUAUUCUGUUUUGGAGGAACGUGGCGCAGUUUUUGGCGUAAAAAUGGCCUAUGAACGUCCACUUUAUUUUGAUUCAACUUAUAGACGAGGACAAAAAAAGCCGAUUAUGCCAAAAGGCAGUUUCUAUAAACCAAAAUUCUUUGACUUUAUGAAGGAAGAAUUUCAAGCAUGUAGAGAAGGAGUUGGAAUAAUAGACAUGAGCUCAUUUUCAAAGAUCGAAAUUAAAUCUAGUCAUGAAGAGGUAGUAGAGUAUCUACAACAAUUAUGUUCUAAUGAUGCUAAUAUACCAGUCGGCGGAAUAGUUCAUACAGGAAUGCAAAAUGAGAAAGGUGGUUAUGAAAAUGACUGUAUAAUAGUGCGACAAAGCGAAAAUAGUUAUUUCAUGGUCUCACCCACAUCACAGCAGACGCGUAUUUAUCAAUGGAUGUCUAGACAUUUGCCGGCAGAUCAUUUGGUAGGACUUAAUGAUGUAACUUCAAAAUAUACAGUGAUCAAUGUAGUAGGUCCCAAAGCUACUGAACUGCUUUCUGAGUUAUCCAAUUCUGAUAUCAAUCUUUCAUCCUUCACUUACAAGACAGUAAACAUCGCAUAUGCUUCAGACGUUAUGGUAAUGGCAUUUACACAUACGGGUGAACCUGGCUAUUGUCUCUACAUACCUUCGGAAUAUGCGCUACAUAUUUAUUCAACCUUAAUGGCUAUAGGAAAGGAUUAUGGUGCAAGAGACGUUGGCGUUCUUACGCAACGUUUUAUGAGGAUAGAGAGAUUUAUUCCAUUCUGGGCUGAAGAAUUGACACCAUAUGUGACUCCAUAUGAAGCUGGAAAUGGCUACAGAGUAAAACUGAAUAAACCAGACUAUUUUAUUGGAAAAUCUGCUUUACAACGUCAAAAGAUGCAGGGAGUGACAAAGCGAUUAGUUUUAUUUGUUCUUGAUGGUAUGGAUUUGAAUAAAGAUGUUUGGGCAUGGGGUGGUGAACCACUAUAUCGAAAUGGUGAAUUUGUUGGUACUGUUACAUCAGCUGGCUAUGGUUUUCUAACAGAGAAACUCAUUUGCCUUGGAUUCAUUAGUCUCCCUGGAGCAAGAUCUAAGCAAGAGAGACAUGUUAUUACAAAAGACUUUAUAAUGAAUCCAACAGCCCAUUAUGAAAUUGAUAUCGCUGGUACUAGAUUUCCUGCUAAACCACACAUCCAUCCAUUGCCUAUACCAGUAUUAAGUAGCAAGUUAAACCAAAAAUAUAUUCCUACUCCAGUUACCUCGUAUCAAAGUGACAUUUCAUGUCACAAAUAAUAUUUUAGUCAUUUUUAUUAUAAUUUUCAUCUAUCUGGGAUUUAAGAAACAAAAAUGUAAACAUUAUCUGUAGUUUGCUAUAUGAUAAAUAAUAGCUUAUGGUAUGUUUAAAAAAGUGUACGAGUUAUGAAAUUAAAAUAGUAACUUAUUC